AAAGUCAGUGAGAAGGUCGGGGGGGCCGAGGGAACAAAGCUCGAUGAAGACUUCAAAGAAAUGGAAAAAAAGGUGGACGUCACCAGCAGAGCCGUGCUGGACAUCAUGACGAAAACUACAGAAUACCUGCAGCCAAACCCAGCGUCCCGGGCGAAGUUGAGUAUGAUCAGCACGAUGUCUAAGAUGCGCGGGCAGGAGAAGGGUCCGGGCUACCCGCAGGGGGAGAGCGUUCUGGGGGACGCCAUGCUGCGCUUCGGGCGAGAGCUGGGGGACGAGUCCAGCUUCGGCCUGGCUCUGAUGGACGCCAGCGAGGCGAUGAAGGAACUCGGCGAGGUGAAGGACGCUCUGGAUAUCGAGGUCAAACAGAACUUCAUCGACCCGCUGCAGAACCUCUACGACAAGGACCUCAAGGAGAUCCAGCACCACCUGAAGAAGAUGGAGGGCCGCCGCCUGGACUUCGACUAUAAGAAGAAGCGUCAGGGGAAGGUUCAGGACGAGGAGAUCAAACAGGCGCUGGAGAAGUUCGACGAGAGCAAAGAGAUCGCCGAGCAGAGCAUGUUCAACCUAUUGGAGAGCGACGUGAGGAUAGAUCAAUUAACAUACCAAUCAACCUGCCCCUUACAUCACGGUUAA